AGUAAAAUUUUGAAUAAGAUGAGAUGGAUAAACAAAAAAGAAAAGAAGAGGUCUAUGUUUUUUUUCAGUCUUACCAGUCACUCUCAAACCUCAAGGGUCCCUCUCUCAAAUUCAGAUUUAACAUUCAAAGAAAUUUAUAACAUUUUCUGUAAUUUACUUCAUAAACACUAUAAUUGGAAGAACAAAAAACAACCCAAAAGAAAAUUAGAGAAAAAACUUCACCUUUUUGCUUAGUGGUAGUUGCCCAAUAUUCCCAAUUUUUGGGAAUUAGUAACAGAAGAACAAGUUAGUGGUGAAAAAGGUAUUUUUUUUGUUUGUUUGUUAAGAAGCUAUGAGUUCUCCAAUUCGUGCCCCUUCAACUUCUUCCUGCUCAUAUAUUCGUCCUCAUUCAUGUGUCACUUGUGCUUCUCGUAAUUUCAAGUUUCCUAUGCUAUUGCCACAGGCAAUCUGUACCACUCCAAAGGUGCACCGUUGCUCUGGAGGCCAUAUGGAGGCUUCUAGUAACGCUAAUCCGUUGAAAACUUGUAUAGUUGGCAAAUUUACUCCAGGAUGGUCUGAAGCACAGCCCUUGUUUUCCAAGCAAUCGCUCAACAGGCACCUGUUACCUGUGGAAGCUUUAGUAACUUCAACAACUCAAGAUGUUUCUGAUACACCUCUUAUUGGUGAUGAUAAGAUCGGAGUGUUAUUGUUAAACCUUGGAGGUCCAGAGACUUUAGAUGAUGUGCAGCCUUUUUUGUUUAACCUUUUCGCUGAUCCAGAUAUUAUACGAUUACCGAGGUUAUUUAGUUUUCUUCAAAAGCCAUUAGCUCAAUUUGUAUCUGUUUUAAGAGCGCCAAAGAGCAAAGAAGGCUAUGCUUCCAUUGGCGGUGGAUCCCCUCUUAGACGUAUGACUGAUGCACAGGCAGACGCGUUAAGAGAAUCUCUAUUUGAAAAGGAUGUCCCCGCCAAAGUGUAUGUUGGUAUGCGUUACUGGCAUCCAUUCACCGAAGAGGCUAUUGAGCAGAUUAAAAGGGAUGGAAUUAAAAAGCUUGUUGUGCUUCCACUUUAUCCACAAUUUUCAAUUUCGACCAGUGGUUCAAGUUUGCGUCUCUUGGAGAGUAUAUUCCGAGAAGAUGAAUAUCUAGUCAACAUGCAGCACACGGUAAUACCUUCGUGGUACCAACGCGAAGGAUACAUAAAGGCCAUGGCAAAUUUAAUUGAAAAUGAGCUGAAGAGUUUUGAUUGCCCAGAGAAGGUCAUGAUAUUCUUUAGUGCACAUGGGGUGCCAGUUGCUUACGUGGAAAAGGCUGGCGAUCCAUACAAGGCAGAGAUGGAGGAAUGUGUGGACUUGAUCAUGGAAGAACUUGAGAAAAGAAAGAUUGCUAAUGCAUACACACUUGCUUAUCAGAGUAGAGUUGGACCCGUGGAAUGGUUAAAACCCUAUACAGAUGAGACAAUAAUUGAACUAGGGAAAAAGGGAAUAAAACGUUUGUUGGCUGUACCAAUUAGCUUUGUCAGUGAACAUAUUGAAACACUAGAAGAAAUUGAUGUCGAGUACAAAGAAUUGGCAUUAGAAUCUGGAAUAGAAAAAUGGGGCCGUGUUCCUGCUCUUGGAUGUGAACCCACUUUCAUUUCAGAUUUGGCAGAUGCUGUAAUUGAGAGUCUCCCAUAUGUUGGUGCAAUGGCAGUUUCAAACAUUGAAGCUCGACAAUCUUUGGUUCCCCUGGGCAGUGUUGAAGAGUUAUUGGCAGCAUAUGACUCGCAACGUAGGGAGUUGCCGCCACCAGUAUUGGUGUGGGAAUGGGGAUGGACAAAAAGUGCUGAAACUUGGAAUGGAAGAGCAGCUAUGAUUGCUGUGCUGCUUCUGUUGUUUUUAGAAGUCACCACUGGAGAGGGAUUUUUGCACCAGUGGGGAAUAUUGCCCUUGUUUAGAUGAAUGAGUCCCACUCAAUUCAAUGGCAAUGAAAUUUAGUUUUGCUUGUAUAUGUAAUAUUAGCAUCACAUAUGCAGCUUAUAAUGGAAGUCAUGCACAAAGAAGGAAUUCUAAAGUCUAGUUUAGACACAGCAUUUGUGGAUGGAAAGAGAAAAAUAUGUAUAGUGAUUUUCUCUUGUAUGUAUCUAAAGCAUUUUUAUUUGGGUUUCAUGACUCGUGUAGCUUAAAAAGCAGUUAUUGGAAUAACAAGUUCCUUGUGAACUUAUGAGAGAGGGACUUUGUCAAUUGUACUAUAUUGUUGACAAGAGAGAUAUAAAGUUUGAAAAGGGUGCAAAAAUCCUUGUUUCA